AUCAUGGCUGGUCCUAAAGCUGCAGCUCUCUUGUUCGUGCUGGCCCAUCUGGCCUCCGCCUCUUUUUGGCCUGUAGCUCGAGGCGAAGCAUCAUCUUCGGCCGUGGCUGCUGCUGCGAGCUCGACCUCAGCAUCGACCUGCUGGAAGUACGUUCUUCCUGCCAAUCUCACCGAAGACGACACCGAACAAAAUGAAGAAUCUACCUCAUCGACAAGACGGCGAAGUCACGGUGAGAUCACGCACAUAAAUUACUUCGCCCGCCGAGGUCACGGCGAUAUCGAUGAGCUGGGAAAAUGCAAAUUGACAGACACCAUCUACAAACCCAAAUAUUUCACAUCGAAGAAUAUACAAAAUGGCCAGAACAAGGCAGACGGCUAUAGCUUCCUCGGGUACUUUAUCCCGAAGCUGGAUACAUGCGAUGCAGCCGCCACUUACACCACACUUGCCCAGUCAGCGGAUGUUCCGAAGGCUACCGCAGCCUAUUGGGACACCGUCGAGUCCAAUUCUCAGAAAACCUACCUCCCUCUGGGAACACAAAUUAAAAAUGCAAAUGCCAAAGAGCCUCACAUUAACAUAGAUCAUGUUUAUGAACUCCAAAUUCUUGAUGCAUUCCUGACGGCUAUGAUCGACAAAUACAAUUUCUGCACCAAUUUUAACACAUGGUUCAUGGAAAUCGAUAAUACUUUCAAAAACCAGAGAGGCGAAUAUAAGUCUCGACUCCAGAAGCUCUACAGUUAUUUGCCUGGCCAAGUAUACCCGGAUCUAGUGGCCGAAGAUAGUCGUCUAAAUAGCUACAAAGCGCCUAUGUUUGGGAGCGACGAAUUAACCGGCUUGCCCAAGCCAAGUGGCUCCGGCGAUGAGCUUCAUACCGGCGCCUUGAGCAUUAUGAACACCAUGGCGGUUGUGGUCGCCAUGCUCCGCGAUAACAGCAUCGCGAAGUACUUCAAGAACGCCAAUACCCGUAUCUAUAAAGGGUUCCUUGGCAUCGACGACCUCAUGGCAUCCCAGAAACAGUGCAAUGACAAGCUGGACCUCCCUCAGCCGAAUGGCGGCUGGGCCAGCGCCUAUUCCAGCUGGAUGGAGGACUUUGUGCAAACCCAAGCGAACGCCGUCUCGACCCGUAUCUCAUCCGUUUCGGGGCUCGUGACCAGCACGGAGGCUGCGGGGGUGAAGAACAUCUACGGCAAAGCGCUGGACGCGUUCAACGAGAAAUAUCCGGCGGCAUCAUGGAAAUGGGAGAACAGCCAGCUGCUGGACUGGAGUGCGAAGGAUGGCACUUCCUUUGCCAAGCGAGGCUCCUCGGUGGCCGCCUGUACGCCCACUUCGACGGCAUCUUCCUCCGCAAAGGCGACCCACUCUGCCUCCAGCAAAGCUACGCCGGCGCAUACAGAAAGCACGGCAACUGAGACGGCUUCGCAUUCGGCCAAGGUCACCGUGACGAGUUCGCACAAGGCAACGCACACGUCGCCCACCACUGAGACGGAGACCAAGACCAAGCACAGCUCAGGAUCUGCCGAGGUCAAGCACACGUCGAAGACUAGCAGUAGCGCGAAGGCCGUAGACACGGAGACCAGCAAAGCGGCACACAGCUCUACGACGGAGGCCAAGGGCUCGACGACGAACACCAGCACAAAGACCACUAGCCCGGAAUCCAAGGAGACGACGACCACCACAAAAUCUACCAGCACGAAGGCUAAGAAGACCACGAGUACGACAUCCACACACUCCACCACGACCGAGCAGGAGACUACCACCACAACCUCAACCAAGGAGACGGACAAGGCCACCACGACCAAGAAGGAAAAGACCACCACGACCACCAAGAAGUCCUCGAAGACCACUGACUCGUCAUCGUCCUCGUGCAAGAAGAAGAAAUGCAAGAAGGGGUAAGUGGACCCGGUCUAUGAGAGGAGUCCCGGCUAACAUGGGAUAGUAAAUGUACUUGUGUGUCAUAAGAGAUUUGAUGAUCUGAAGUGUGGCUUGUGAUGGACUGUACAUUAUUGAUUUCUUCGAAGGCUGUGUACAGCCGGCUUGUUUAUUAGUGUACCGACUUUUGAUUCCCUACCAAUGAAUAUGUUUGUGAGUGUGGAAAAUUGCAUCCGAGAUAACCGGUGUAGAACGCCCGUGGCUGUGACUAUUGACAAAGAAAGUGGAGUGGAAGCCUUUGUGUGUAGACUGACAGACUAGAGGAACAAGCCUCCAUCUCGGAGUCUUGGCAUCCGCAUGAAGGAUAAGCGAGGAUCAGUGUGGACUGGACUGCUGCAGGAAAGCUCGGACCGGCCAUCUUAAUCUCAGUGUUUGCUCAAUUAUUGCUGAGUGCUGGCGAGAGACAAGUCAUCGAGG